UGGAACAGCUGAUUAUGAUUUACGAGAUCUGUCAAAUUUAUUGAUAACCUAAGAUUAAACAAAUGUUUUGUUUGUUAAUUUCCUACAUAUUAUGAUUUAAUUAGUUACUUAAAAAAUGGACCUUGAAGUUAACUUGCAAGCUAAUAUUAAAAAUAGCAGUACACCAUCACCAUUUGGGAAAGUUUUAAUUUAUACAACAGGUGGAUUAGCUUUGGGCGUCAGUGUGAUAUGUAUACCAUUCGUGUCGCCUGCCUUUAGAAAAUUCUGUCUGCCCUACGUGCCAGCUACCAACAACCAGUUGCACGGAGUUACGACGGCAUUAAAAGGUCGAACAGGUCGAUUACUUGACGUAGGUUCCGGUGACGGCAGAAUCGUAUUUACAGCUGCUAGAUUAGGAUUUAAAGCUGAUGGAGUCGAAUUAAACCUGAUCUUAGUAUAUUACUCACGACUUGCGUCUAUUUUAAACAACCAAUAUAAUAAAACAAAAUUUUAUAGAUGUAAUUUGUGGAAAUUUGACUUAGUGCCAUACAAUAAUAUUGUUAUAUUUGGUGUUGAACAAAUGAUGCAAGAGUUUGAGAAAAAACUUUUGCGAGAAGUGAACGAUGGAACAGUAGUAGUAGCUUGUAGAUUUCCAUUGCCUAAUAUGGUGCCAAUUGAAACGAUAGGACAUGGUGUUGACACAGUGUGGAAAUAUGUUGUAAAAAGAUAACUCAAUGUUAUAUAUAUUUUAUUAAUUAUACAAUGUAAUUAGUCUAAAAAAUUACAAUAUAUCAGAAGCGGCCACUUCUUUUUCUUCCUGUAUACUUAGUAUCAGGUUUAGUCUCUUUCCCCUGUUUCCUUCUCCUUUCUUUCUUUUCUAAGAGCCAUGCUCUUGUAUUUUUGAGUGGUUUACCUCGUGCCGCUUUACAGGCUUCCCUUCUUGCAUAUUUGAUUUGUAAAGAGUUAUCACUUUCUUCUGUUCCUAUAAAUAUAAUAUAAAUUGAUUAUAUUGUAUCUAAAUGUAAUAAUUAUA